AUGCUCUGUGAUCGGUACCAGAUCGUGGACAAGCUGCGGUUCGGUGGUUAUUCUACUGUUUGGCUAGCUCUUGGUACCCAUAAGAAACAAUAUAUCGCCGUGAAAAUCAGCUACGACACGAGAUUGAGGGUCCUUCAUAAGCUCUCAAAUGCUGCUUCUUCCACUUCUCGGUCACACCCAGGCUGCCCUUUAAUCCCCGUUCUCCUCGACAAAUUCGUUGUUGAGAGCCCGAAUGGGAGACAUCCGUGCUAUACGACCGUCCCCGCGCGAUACGACCUUAGUGACGCUGCGUAUGGCUAUGUUUCCCCCCUUCCAGUUGUGAGGGCUCUGGAAGCGAGGAUCAUUCAGGCUCUUGCGUAUAUUGCACUCGCAAGGAUUUAUACAUGGAGGGUAUUGCUCAGUGGCGCUGGCGAGGCAUUCGCUCCAGCAUCUCAUCAUCGUCAGGCACAAGACAGCCACACUCCUCUCGGAAUCAGACCACCUGAGGCUAUAUUCGAGCCUGAUAGUCCUUUAUCAUUUGCUGCUGAUAUCUGGUCUUUGGGUCUGCUCAUCUGGCGAGUUCUUGGACUCAAGUAA